GGCAUGUAUCCACGCUCUUCGAAAAUGACCGUCAUUUCUCGCAUCUGUCUGAAAUCGAGAGGGAAAUGUCCUUCCGCACGGAAAUGGUACGAACUCUGAACGAAUUCUGAAAGGCAGAAUAUGUCUCUCUGCCAGGGAAGUCCAGAGAUGCGAAGCGAGGUAGGAGAAUGGCUGCCGACCUGCGUAGGUUCACCGAUCUGCAUCCUGCUGCUAUCAUGGUCACUGUUGAUCUAUCAGAGCCAACCAUCAUCCGCGAAACGGAGGAUCGAUGUGUUCACAGUGGCCAUUCUCUCCGAGAGUCUCGCUCACCAGCUUGGACUCCUUCUGUACGCGAUCCUGACACUGAUUCGGCCAAGUAAUCACUUCGGAGAGUUCUGUUCAACCCUAGUCUGGAUGCUGAACUCCUCGAACAUCCUGCAGGAGUUGACGCUGACCUCGAUCGCGAUCUUCACCGCGAUCAGCACAAGGGACGUUCACAUCACGAAGAAUCACCUGAAGUAUCACUUGGUGAGUCUCAGCGUGAUCAGCGCGUGCGUCGGCGUGACCGGUGUCCUCAACUUCGAGCCGGAACACUGCGUCUUCCUAGCCCACGAAAUCUCCGCCAAAUAUGGCGUCUUCGUGAACUCUCUGCGAUGUUUGCUGAUGCUGAGCACAGUCAUCAGCCUGCUGGUGGCUCUAGUCAGAAGUGCCUGUCGAACGCCGAAGGCGGAAUUGCUGAAAUCUGUGUCAGACCUGUCGGAGGCUAGCUCGAAGAAUUCGUCAGGAGCAUUCGAGUGUCAUCCUCAGCAAUGGGAUCCCUCGAGCGGAUCGUGCACCAGUGGAUCCACCAACAGCAGAGCCUGCCUCAGAAAGAAGAGGGUUCAGGUGGACGAAGCUAGCGGCAGAUCGACGAUCUACAGCAUCCUCUUCGUCUGCUACGUCUUUCAGCACAUACCGAUUCUGGUGAUAUCCAUCAAACCGACUCUCCUCACAGACUUCUGCACCCCCCAAAAUCUCGCGACAUGGCUACCUCUCGUAAAAGACACCCUGCUACCAGUUUUCUUGGCGCUGUUCGACAAAAUGUUCUGUCGCUACGUGGCCAAAGUCUACUCGAAGCAGGACCACGCGAGGAGAUUGUCUCACGGCGGCAUAGACGGCAAGUUUCGCCACUUCGAGCAGGACGCCGAGUACAAGCUGCAGCUGAACCUAAAUCAAGGCCUGAAAUUCCCCUUGACUAACGGAAGCCUCUACGGACGGUUGCACAACCAUCAGAACAGAGGGAAGACCGGCACGAUAACAAUGGGCAUUCAACACUAUCCCAGAACGCAGUCGGUGAACGAGGACAGCAAUUACGCCUCUCUUCCGGCGGAGCUUUCUUCGUUCACUAGUUCAACGUUCGAGCCGCGGCAGGAAUCGAAUCCCGCCGAGCAACCGAAGAGGAACACGACGGAGCAGCAGAACAAGCGUCCCAGGCCGAACGAGAGUUUCCAGGAGUUGCCCUGUAAUCGCAGGAAGAUCGGCAGCACGGAUGUCUUCGGGCAGAACAUGGAGAACCUGGUCCAGCUGGACGAGCCGUGCGCGAAACGGAAGUUCACCAAGAGCCUGGACGAGAUACGCGAGGAGCCGCCCAGGAGACACGCGAGGAGCGUGCUGGGAUUAGAGAACUUGAUGAUAGGAUUGGAUAACAAUCUUCAGGAGCAGCCGCGAUACCCCAGAGUCGCGCUCAGGAGGAACCAGAGCUUCGACCAUGCUAGAUGCCAAUCGUACCAUCGACCGAUUCUCGACUCGAGGACGUACGACUUGAAGAAGCAGGAGCAAAGGAAGGAGCAGCAGAAUGUUCAGAGGCAGGAAGCGCAGAGCGAAGCGGAUGGUUACGAGACGUCCGACGAUGAGAGCUGCGACCUUGAGAAUGGAGACUUCGACACGAUGAGCUCCUGCAGAAGCCGAAGCAGGAGCUGUUGCUCGGUUACCACCGUGGCGAACGAUGAUUUCGAAUAUUUUCAACGUAAGGGAACGAAGGUGGAGUUGUUGCCCUCGAAGAGAGCCGGCGAGGUAAAGGUCAACAUGCGAUCUUUCACGCCGAGGAUCAUCGAGCACGGUCCAGAGGAGGAGAGGAGGGGCAAAGUAGCCGACACCAAGCCUAGCAUACAGUCCUACCAUCUGAAAAAGAAGAGAAUCAGCCCCGGAUACUCGAUGAACGACCUGGACAAGCUGACCAUCGACAGGAAGCUGCCGGACCUCUCGAUCGAGAGCCUGAAGAGCAUCCUGAAGAACUCGGGCGUUAGCUACCUGGACAACGGAGAGCUCUGCAGACACGACAUCGGCGGCUCCGCGCCUGAUUUCAAGAAGAUCUUUGUCACCGAGUUCAUAUAAAACCCUGGAGAAUGGAGUUGAUAAGAUCGUUGAUGUAUCUAUGAAUUUAAACGAAGUCGAGAAGAAUAAAAUAGGUCGUUGUUGAUCGUGGAAGAUCGAAGAUGUAGGUUUGACGAAGAGGAUCAUCAGUCGAUGAAGAAACUGAGGAGUAAAGAAGAACAUGAUGCUUGAUCUUGUGAAUGGAAAGCGUAGGAUGAGUGUUGGAUAAUUAAUGAAUGACCUGGACUAGUUGAUCGAUAAGAGAAGAAGAUCCUGGAGAAUCUGUGAAGAGCUGACGAAGACCUAUGAAGAGGCGAUGAUAGAGACUGUACAAAGUGUUCAUAUAUAAACUAAUUAAGCUUCUGCCGUUCGAUUCUGUAUAAACCGAAAGAACGAACUGUUAGAUAUAUUCAAUUAAGAGUUUCGUUUUUAUACGACGCGGAGAGACACGAAUCUGUACAAAGUAUCUUUGUAAAUCGAGGAAGCUUCGUUUUUAGAAAAGUAAGGAUCGAUCCUCGAGAGAAAUCACCGGGUAAUCUCUUGCAGUUCCUCCGUGUCGGAGAUCUAGAAAAUUAUAUAACCGUCGUGCGGAAGUAGUCGGAUUGGAAAGUUUGCGAACCCACCAGAUCGGAUUGAAGAAGUCAUUAAUUAAAUCAAUUGUUAGUUUCUUUUCAAUCCUUUAUUUCGUAAUUGCAGCGAUCUCUAUCGUUUCGCUGUUGCCCGUGUCAAUAGGAUGAAAGCGAGAAUCGAAUUACAAUUCUCUUGGCCAACAAUUCAAGAAUUCUUUACUAUCUCAAUAUUAAAAAGUUUAUUUUCUUUGAGAAUCAUCCAAUUACGCAAUCAUCGGUUAACACUAGAACUAUCGAGCAUUUAAUACGAUUAAUAUGCAAUUCCUAUGAAAAUUGUAACAAUAGAUUAUUUUCAGUUUCUUCAGACAUUCAUUAUAGUACUGAAAUGAAUUUAUUUUCAAAAUCAUUUCGAAUAUUCAGUGCUUCGAAGAUAUCAAUAAUUGCUAAACAAAAAAAUCGAAACCAGUCAUUUUGACUGAUACGGUGGUUCUAGUAUUAAAUAACAAAUUUGAUCGAAUAACUUCUUCCGAACGGUGUGGUUCGCGAAUCGAAAAAAAAAAGAAAACUGACGGAACUUUAUUUCGGCUGGUCGUAUUCCGUUUAAAUAGAGCGAUGCAUUACCGCGCGGCAUCCGCCCGUAAAUCACCGACAUAACAAGUUUACGGGCCGAGGAUCGAAAUUGCGCCGACUGAGUUACGAUCCGUACGGACAAGACGAACACUAAAUAGGAAUGCGGAGCGGACGCGUGUAAAAUAUUUGUAAGAUAUGCCCCCAUUGUUUCCGCGGUCCCGUUUCACCGGUUCUGUUACAUAAGAAAAUCUUUCGAAAGCGUUCGCUUCUCUAUCUCGCUCUUUCCAUUGCCCCACUCCCCAUUCGGUAUUGUAUGGAGAUCGUUUUGUAUAUACAUUGUAUAUUUGUAUGGUAAUAUUUAAUUCGGCAAAUACAUGUGUACGUGGCAACACGUGUUCCAAUU